AUGGAGUCGAUAGAAAUAAAAACGACAAUCGGCAUGAUCGCUUGCUGCGAAUGCGGGGUGCCAAUAGAGCCAAACCAAGCGAAUAUGUGCAACGGAUGUCUGAGAUCCCGAGUCGACAUCACUGAGGGAAUCACCAGAUCAAGUUAUAUUCAGAGUAUUUUCUCGUUAAAAAAUACUUUUUCAGCCACGAUCUACAUGUGUAAGUUCUGCGAUCGCUACUUUGUGCCGCCGACCACGUGGAUGCGAGCCGAACUCGAAUCUAAGGAGUUGUUGUCGAUUUGUCUGAAAAAACUCAAGCCAAUGAUGACAAAGGUAGUUUUUUCAAACAUUAUUUCUUUUUUUUUCUAUUGAAAUGAUGGGAACUCGGCAGUUUUCUGAGACCCUGCCUGAAAUGGCUGAAUUUUUGAUUUAAUGAGUAUGAAAAGGUCGCGAGAAAUUGGACAGAAGACCUAUAUAUUCUUCACAGGUUCGCCUCACGGAUGCGGCAUUCGUCUGGACGGAGGCUCAUUCGAAGCGGAUAAAAGUGAAGCUGACGAUCCAGAAGGAGGUCUUCACCAGCACGAUUCUGCAGCAAUCAAUGGUCGUCGAAUUCACAGUCAACAAUCAAGUAUUGCCCAACAUUGCUUUUCCAUGUACACUUAGGAGUUCAGAUGUGCGAUGAUUGCCGUCGAGCUGAAGCCAAGGACUUCUGGAGAGCCUGCGUCCAAGUGCGGCAGAAGGCCGAAUUCAAAAAGACGCUUUUCUACCUGGAACAGCUUCUUCUUAAACAUUCGGUUCAUUCAUAGUUUUCUUCUGAAAAACAAAGAUUUUAGGCGCAUAAAAACUGCACUGGCGUUAAACCGGUCCCGACUGGAAUCGACUUCUACUUUUCGAAACUUCAAGAUUCAAGAAGCUUUGUAGAUUUUCUGGUGACCGUCUUGCCGUGUAAAUAUCAUUACGCCCAGGUUUUGUGCAGAGUUUUUCAGAUUUUUUAAUAGUCAACGCUUCAGGAACUUGUUUCUCACGACACCAAGAACAACACUUACGAUUACAAACAUACUUUUUGCGUUGAGAUCGUCCCCAUUUGCAGGUAUUUUAUGGGAAAAAAUUAGAUCAAAGAAAAAUAUAUAUAUAUAACUGCGUCGUUGUCGCCAUAUAGAUGUUCCUUUUAGGGAAAGAAAGGUUCCUUUUUUUGCUGCCUUUCCCUUUUCCACCAUUUAUCGAGCCUUUAAAAUCCUAGAAAAAAUGGAAGGCUUCUCAAAGAGACCAUUUUUGAUGCCUUUCUGCGGCCUUUUUUGAGCCUCUCUCUUUUAGCGACCAUUAUCCACCAUUCCGACUUUGCCGGAGUAUUAUUUUGUUUUUUCUUAAGAAAUAGGGUCUUUUCACUUUUUUCAAAAGAUUUUCAGCAAGGGGAAUCAGUUAUUUUUAAAAGUUCAACAUUUGGUUUUUUAUUUUUUUGGGUCUCUAAACCAGUUUUGUGAAGUAUCGUCUCAAAAAAUAACCAGUAUGAUUUUAUUUUCAUCGUGACUCCCAACUUACCAAAUUAGCAAUGAGCUAUGCGACAGUUUCAGAAAACAAUGGAUUUCAGAGACGAUAUCGUUUGUCUUCCGAAGAAAGUGGCCCAGCAAUUGGGAAACAUGUCUCAGAUCGUGAUUUGCCUCCGAAUAUCCAACGUUAUUUCUCUGAUCGAUCCCAACAACUUGCAGAUUGCCGAUAUACAAUCGUCAGUUUCCCGAAAAAUAAUAGUUUUGGCUUUCCUUUUUUUCAGAACAAACUUCUGGCGUGACCCUUUUGAGUCCUUGUGCACACCGAAGCAGCUGACAGAGUUUUACGUUUUGGAUGUGGAACAGGACCAUAAUUUGGCUAGAAAGGUGGCAAUUGAUCUUUUUUGUGUUCAAUAUGUUUUUUUUUCUCGCCAGGCCGGCCAUGGUUUCGUCAGCAAGAAGCACCUUUUCGCCAAUGUUUGGUUGGUUCGCAGUGAUCAGGUUAGUUUUUUUUGCUGAUCUCGGCAUUGAUGAACUAGAUUUUCGUAACUAAUAUUAACGAUUUCUCUUACAAGGAAGUAAGGGGUCAGAACUUCCUGAAUAGUCGCCAGAACACUCCUCGAUGUACCAGAUAAGCUUUCUGAAAGUCCUAAACUGCAAAACUUCCUAGAUCUUGAAAAAGGACACCUCAAAGUCAAAUAAAGUUUUGAAAAUCCGGUAAAAUAGGCUAUUUUUGUUUGGGCUUUGACCCCGGAUUUCUCGAAAACUAGGGAGUUGGGCAGGUUGAGACUUUCAGAGUCUUCUUUAGGAACAUCAAGAAGAGUUCUGGCCUAUUUUCAGGAAAUUCCCAACAGGUAUAUUGACCUCCCUUGAGAAUCCUUAACAAAAAAAUGUUUAUCAUUUUGUAAGUUCAAAAAAAUUUGACAAAAAAAUAAAGCUACAAUGAGAUCGUUUGAGAAAGACAUCCAAUCAUUUUUUUAAGUUCCUAACAUUUUUUUCUUUUUCUUUCUUUUUUUGUUUGAAAAAAACAAUUUUUUUGAAGCGAAAAAUUACUUUUGAACACGGCAUCAAAUUUCAAUCUUGAGGCGUUUUUUUGGAAAAAAAGUUUAUUCAGCGAUUCUGAUAGAAAUUUUUGAAGGCCAUGUAUUUUUUUCAUUUGUGACUGGUUUAAUAAUAGAUUGGAAUUUUUGAGAGUUUGAAGUUAUUAUUUUUGAAAAAAAGUUUCAUUAAGUUCUAACUUUUUUUAUUUUUCCCUACUUCAAUAGUUAACUAACGUUAUUGAAACACAGUUUCAAAAAAAAGUUAUUUAUUAUGCAUUAUCAGUUUUUUUGAAGGUUGGAAACUCGGAAGCGCAAACAAUCUACACAAGAACACAUUUGGGUCAUUUGCUUCAUCCUGGAGAUCUUGCUAUGGGUUUUCAGUCUAUUAUUAAGUCAUAUAACUUCUUUUUUAAAGGUUUCGAUAUCAGAAACUGCAAUGUGAACAAUCGAGUUUUUGAUGAAAUGAAAGCUGACGACGUUCCCGACGUCGUUUUAGUGCGAAAGGUCAGUUUUUCGUCAUGGUUUUCUCAAACGAAAUAUUUGAUUCAGGUCUUCGACCGAUCUCGACGUGCCGCUCGUCGUCAAUGGAAACUGAAGCGUCUUGUCGUCGACGGAAAUAUCAUUGGAAAUGAGACGGCGUCGGUCGCCGACGAGUUCCAACGCUUCAUGGAAGACGUCGAAGAAGAUCCUCAGAUGCGCGAGAAGAUCAACAUCUACAAGGUUUCCUCUUGCUCAUUUAACAAAGUAAUUGAAUUUUGAAGGAUUCGGAGAAGAUGGCCCAGAGGAUGAUGGUGGAAACGGACGACGAAGUUCCUCCGGAUGGACCGACACUGGCCGAGAUGCUCGACGACCUGCACAUCGACAGCGACGACGACUCCAGACGUCGCGAAUCCGUCAGCGAGGAAACCAUGGAAACUUGA